AAAAUUAUAUUUGGUUUUAGAGAGAUAUGCACAAGUGUGCUGCACAAUGUUGUGAAAAUGAAACAUACAGCAUACAAAAAGUACAUAACUGUGUGGAGAAUUGUAGUUCCUCUUUAAAUAAGGCACAACAAUACGUUCAAGGAGAAUUUGAACGAGUACAGAAUCGCUUACAAAGGUGCAUAAUGGAAUGCAAUGAUAAUAUAAAAGACAAAAUGGGACCAAAUCCGACUCAGAGUGAAGUAAACAGGUAUAGCGAAGAAUUUGAAAAGUGUGCUACUAAGUGUGUAGACUCUUAUUGCGAAUUACUGCCGACCUUGGAAAAAUCUAUGAAGAAAGUCCUCAGUAAAAAUGAGUUAUUGUAAUAUCUUUCUCAGCUGGGAAAUAGAUGUUAACUCUGCGUCUUACUUGUAAUAUCUUUGAUUAAAAAUAUCUUCUGGCUAGCAUAUUACUUAAAAAAAAAAGUACUAUGUACAAAAUAAAUGCAGCAGCAUUUAAAUCUGUUACUUACAUGUAUAUAAAUUGUUGAAAAUA